GCGCGGCGGUCAGUCAGUCGGUGAGGCCGCCGGCGGGAGCAGCGCCGGGGCCGGGCCGGGGCCCCGCCGCCCGCCGCCAUGAAGGGCAAGGAGCGCUCGCCGGCUAAAGCCAAGCGUUCUCGGGGCGGCGGCGGCGGCGGCGAGGACUCGGCGUCCUCCUCGUCGUCGGCGCGGGGUGAGCGGAGCAGCAAGAAGCCGAGCGGCUCCGGCGGCUCCAACGGCAGCGGCGGGAAAGCGGCGGCCCCGGCGGCCUCCAACGACAGCAACAGCGGGAGCAGCCGGCGGGGCCCUCACCCGGACAAGGCCGGUCGCGCCGGUAGCCGCGAGUACGAGGCCGGGACGGCGGCGGCGGGCGGCGGGGGCAGCCGGCACGGGUACGGCAGCGGGAAGGCGGCGGAGGCGUCGCGCAGCAGCAGCAGCCGCGGCGGUGGCGGUGAGUCCCGCGCUCCGGCGGCGGCCCCGUCCUCCUCGUCCUCCGAGUCGGGCGGUGGCGGCGAGUACAAGACGCUGAAGAUCAGCGAGCUGGGCUCGGCGCUGAGCGACGAGGCGGUGGAGGACGGGCUCUUCCACGAGUUCAAGCGGUUCGGCGACGUGAGCGUCAAAAUCAGCCGCCUCCCGCCCGGCACCGGCGCCGCCGAUGAACGUGUGGCCUUUGUGAACUUCCGCCGGCCCGAGGAUGCCCGCGCCGCCAAACACGCCCGCGGCCGCCUCGUGCUCUACGACCGCCCGCUCAAAAUCGAAGCCGUCUACGUGGGGAGCGGCGCGGGGAGCAGCCGGCGCCGCAGCAGCCGCUCCCCGGCGCUGCUGGAUAAAGAGUCUCCCUACGGCACGGCAGCCGUAGGGGUGGCGGCGGCAGCUGCGGCGGCCGUGAGGCACCCUCCGGCCGGGGCGACGCAGCGGGCGCUGUCACCCGCAGGGAGCGGCGGCGCCCUGGGGUAUCGAGACUACCGGCUGCAGCAGCUCGCCCUGGGCCGUUUGCCUCCUCCACCCCCUCUGCCCAGGGAGCUGGAGAGGGAGAGGGACUACGGGGGUUUCUAUGAAGCACGAGUGCGGCCGGCCUAUGGGCUGGAGCGGGUGGCCGGUGUGGCGGCUGCCGGGGGCUUCCGUGGAGGAGGAGGAGGUGCUGGAGCUGCUGGCGAGGAGGAGAUCAGCCCCGAGGAUGACCAGCGAGCCAACCGCACGUUGUUCCUGGGCAACCUGGACAUCACCGUGAGCGAGUCAGAUUUACGCCGAGCUUUCGAUCGCUUUGGGGUCAUCACCGAGGUGGACAUCAAAAGGCCGGGGCGUGGGCAGACCAGCACCUAUGGGUUUCUUAAGUUUGAAAACCUGGACAUGGCACACCGGGCCAAGUUGGCCAUGUCGGGAAAGGUGCUUCUCCGUAACCCCAUCAAGAUUGGGUAUGGUAAAGCCACUCCGACCACCAGGCUCUGGGUGGGUGGCCUUGGGCCCUGGGUGCCCCUUGCUGCCCUGGCCAGGGAGUUUGAUCGGUUUGGUACCAUUCGCACUAUCGAUUACCGCAAAGGUGAUUCCUGGGCUUAUAUCCAGUAUGAGAGCCUGGACGCGGCGCAGGCCGCGUGCACCCACAUGCGUGGUUUUCCUUUGGGGGGGCCGGAUCGCCGGCUCCGCGUAGACUUUGCCGACACUGAGCAUCGGUACCAGCAGCCCUACCUGCAGCCUCUGCCCUUGCCACCUCCUGCUCAUUAUGAGCUCGUGGCGGAGGCGGCUGCUUUUGGGGCUCACCGGGGAGCCCCACCUGAUCCUCUUCGGGGGGCCCGGGACAGGACGCCACCGUUACUCUAUAGAGACCGCGACAGAGACCUUUAUCCUGAGACAGAGUGGGUGCCCCCCCCACCCCCUGUACGGGAUAGGAGUAAUCGGGCAGCUGCCUAUGACCCACUGGAAAGUCUGGAGCGCCGCCGGGAUGGUUGGUCCUUGGAGCGGGACCGAGGGGAGAGGGAGUUGGGCAGUAGUAGUAGGGAUCAGCCUAGGAAACGGAGACUGGCGGAGGAUGGAGGCCGGCACUUGGACCGCUCUCCAGACAGUGAGCGCUCUUCUUCCUCCCGUAAGCGUCACUGUUUAACCACAACCUCCCCUCCGGACCGCAGCCCCGAGCUCCUUGGAGGGAGGGAGCGUUACAGUAGUGACCCCGAGCGCUCUUCCUCCCGCUUGCUCCUCUUGGAGCGGCCUUCUCCUGUCCGGGAAUCUCGCAGGGGCAGCCUGGAGCGGGGACAGAACGAAAAGCGCGACCGCAAGAAUUCCGCCGAACGGGAGCGGAAACAUCGUGCUUCCGCAGCAGCCGCCGCGCAGGAGUGCAAAAGUCCAGCCAAAAAGGAUGAACGUGCUAUGGAAGGAGGUGGUGGAGGCUCCCGCCUCAAACCCCCUCCUCAGAAGCAGCAGCAGGACGGGGCGGCGCAGGCCGGGGGAGCCCCCAAGCUGUGCUUGGCUUGGCAGGGGAUGCUCCUGCUGAAGAACAGCAACUUCCCGUCCAACAUGCAUCUGCUUCAGGGGGACCUCGGUGUUGCCAGCAGCCUCCUCGUGGAGGGAGCGACUGGUGGGAAAGUAGCUCAGCUCAAGAUCACCCAACGUCUUCGCCUGGACCAGCCCAAGCUGGACGAGGUCAAUCGCCGCAUCAAAGUGGCGGGUCCCAAUGGCUACGCCAUCCUUUUGGCUGUGCCUGGCGCAUCAGACAACCGCUCUGCAGCCGGAGCUAGCGAGGCCGCCACCACCUCCACCCAGAGGCCACUCAGGAAUCUGGUGUCCUAUCUAAAGCAAAAGCAGGCUGCUGGGGUGAUCAGCCUCCCUGUGGGGGGUAACAAAGACAAGGAGAACAGCGGGGUCCUGCACGCUUUCCCACCCUGCGAUUUCUCCCAGCAAUUCCUGGACUCCACGGCCAAGGCGCUGGCCAAAUCAGAGGACGACUAUCUGGUCAUGAUCAUUGUCCGUGGGGCAUCCUAAGGCCCUCGUUGUUCUCUGUACCCAACCCUGCCUCCUCUUCCACCCAGACCCCUUCCAGCGUGUGCCAGGUGCUAUGGGAUACAGCCUUAGCCAGCCCUGUUGUUAUUUUAAAUUAGAUCUUGGUUUGUAGGUGACUUUUUUUUUUUGUUUUCCCUGCCCGUUUUUCUGUUACUAUGUUUUUUUUGUUUCUAUAAAGUUAGAAGCCAGAAAGGUUGGAUAGCCAUUAGCCAGAAUAGGAUGUUUCGGGAAUCCCCUGGCAGUGGGGACAGCAGGGAGGCUCAGCCUGCUUUGAUUUACAGAAAAGAAAAAAACACCAUAAAAAAAGGAGAAAAAAAAGAAAAGAAAGAAGAGUGGGGUGGAAAGACCCAAACUCCUGUCUUCUUAAUUUCGAUUCGUGUCCUUUUUUCAUUUCAUGUAUUUUAAAAGCUCGUCCUCAGAGUUCUUAAACCUCAAAGACCAGAUUUAAAGCACUCGGUUGAAAUGGAAAAAAAACCCCACAUCUUUACUAACAGACUGGUGUCAUGGUUUUUGUUUUGGAGUCCUUGAAAUUCCAUAGUGGCCUCAGGUCCGGCGGCCCCGUGGGGCGCGCGUGAUCCCUUUCCUGAGUGGUUUUCCCUUUGAGUUGCAUGGCUCCAGGUUGGUGUCCUCCAGGGGAGCAGCACCUGCUCUCGGGUACACUGCAGAACAUUGAAUUCCUCUUUAUUGGGUGUGUGAGAAUCUCAUCCAGCCCCUCCAAAUGCAUGCACUGAAAGUAUGCUUUUUUUUAACAAGGUGUAUUCCUCCUGUUGCCCUCAGUUCUGUUGUAUCCCAUAAAUGCACUUUGGGUUUGUAGCAGUGGCGAUGGUUGGUAAAGAGCUGAGGACUUUGUUACAAACCAUGAAUGUCUUUGUGCUUCCUCUGAUAUGCAAGAAACAAGGAGGUGCUUUAAGAAAUAACUUUAGUUAUAUUGUGGGGUUUGGGGUUUUACUGCCUUUCUUUUCCCCUUUUCAAAGAGUUGCAGGUACAGCGGGGUCUGGUUCCACAGUGCAAACUCUGAGCAAGUGUGCUUCUCUCCAGAGAUGGUUUUAAUUCUGUGAUAAGUUAAUUACAGGAAAGUUCUCAUUAACGUUUUACCUCAUUGUUAAUAGCAAGGAACUGCUGUCUGCUGGGGACUUUUGAGGUACAGUACAGUGGGCAUUACAUGAGGUUUUAGCAUUUUAUGGGCAUCUGGAGUAAAGUGGGGUUUAGCAUCUUGGAGAAGUAUUAAAAGUACUCCGAGAUGCUGAGGUUUGAUCUUUUGUUCUUAUGAUUCUAGGAGGAAACGGUUUGCUUUAUCUUUUUCUAAAGAACUUGGUUCAUUUUCUCUUAUGCUUUUCCCCACUCAUUGGGCACUUUUCUUCAGCUGCCUUGGCCGCUCUAAUGCAGGCGUAAAGAAGGGAUCUAAAUUGCUGUUGUUCUGUUUAACAACUGAGGGGAUGUUGCAGCUGGCUUCCAAACUGCAGUGUAAAUCUAUUUACAGGCCCUCAAAUUGUAAUCUUGCACUUAAACCCAGAACAUAGCCUUGCACUUAGCCAUGUUUUCAGAGACUUGGGCAGUGUAAAAGUGAUGCUGCUUCACUCGGUCCAUCCUCUCGUGUAUUCCUUGGGUAGUUGGUACAGGGACAAGUUGAUUUCUGUUUCAACUUGCACCACAAAAAUCCAGUUCAAAAUGCAGAAUGGUGCAAAUAGCAGACGAAGGAGGAAAUGUCUUGAAUGUAUUUUAUGGGCACGACAUGAAAUGUGACUGUACUUGCUUGAUGUUCACUGUCACAAGAAGAUGAAUUUCUGUGAUAAGCUUUACUGAACCACUCGUCAGAGAGUGCUUUGGUUUAAGUGGGCUUCAGUUUCCCUUGUCUGACUGAGAACUUGCACGUGGCAGCGUAUCUUGAGAUCACAUUUUGAUUUUGUAGCUACUUUUCUUUCUAUAUGGAAACACAAAAGCCUCAUUUAAUGCUCUUAGAUGUUUGAGGGUAAACUCCAGGAUUUCUGGGUUGUCCUUCAGCGUGAAUGUAAAUCGAUGGCAGAAUUCAGCUGUUCAGCUUACUAUUAACAAUGAGAGGUUAUCAAAAUGACACCGGUAACUCAGAUAAUGAUAUGUUUCAGAAGAUACAACUUGUUGCAAAGAAUGUCUGUUUUAAUUCUAGCAGGUGCCUGUUGUGUGCCAGCGGGUUCUCAACACUGCUGCGAGCUCGCUCAGGGUGCUGAGUGAGUUUUCUCAUUGCAUCUGACCCAAGUCACUUGCAAGCGUGGAGUUUUAAAGCCAAGAAACUUGAACUGCUGGGAAUUCAAAUCUGCCCCAAACCAAAAAAAGUAUAAAAGAAGCACUAAUGUUGUUUGUGUUCAACACUUACACUUGCUGAGGACAGUGUUUGUUAUGCUGAUACGCAGCAGGCACCUGUUUUUAAAACCCAUAAAACUUGGGGUCAACAUGGCUUGUCAAAGCAAACUCAGUGUGGGAAACCUUUUGGAAAGAGCAUCCUAGUGCACUUCCCUUUUUCCUUGUAAAAUAGGCGUGGUUGUACCUGCCACGGGCUUUCAUGAGUUUAAAUUGGGCUGUACUGGGAGGGUAAUAAGGACCAGGCGAGGCUGCAUUUGACUCCAGGUUUUCUGGUUCCUUAUGGAGUACCUGCUUCUUUAAAUCUGGUUUAUUUGUGGUUGCUGCUCUGUUUUGAAAGCAAGGUUUUUAACACCCUUUGAGGGUUCUUAAAUGUCAAAACCUAGUUGACUGGCAACAUUUUGUUUUGCCAGCACUGAAGUUGACGUGCUGCCACCAAGGCUGGUGCAGCUUGGGUGGCUGUGCUUUUCUCUUAGGCUCUGAAGUGUGCACCAUUGGAGUAACUGUCCACUAAACGUUGGCUUGGCCAGGGCUGAACAGAAGUAGAAGUGUGAUACCACUUGUGUAUAGAGCAAAACAGAUGUAGCAGACUUCAGCUCUCUCGUUGUGUUCAGCAGAGAGCUCUUAGCAGAGAGCUCAGUGUUUCUUCCACCGUUGUGUGCAGCUGCUGUUCCUCUAUUUCAUGCGUUUGUUGAAUUAGCGUGGAAAAAGGAUGUCCUUUUCCUGAAUCAUUUCAUAGUUUUUGCUUUAUGCUUUGGGGAAAGAACCUCAAAUGACUCAUACUUUUGUUUAAGGUUUUAUUAUUGGGGGGGUUUAUUUUGCAUUGGAAACUUUAUGCAACUUCCUUGGCUGCCGGCCAGUGGCUUUGUUUGCUCCUGUCUCGUGUGCAGUCUGCUGUUCUCUGGGACUGCGGCGUGAACACUGAUGUUACCCUCAACUCCAGAGGUUUCAGACUUCUGGGUUACAAAUAGCAUCGUAGAGAGAAGGGUGUUACAUGCCAGGCACGCAAACCUUACCCUCUCUCUUACUUUAUCAACGUGGAUGUUAAAGGAUUGAAGUGUUUUGGUGACUGGUGAGCGGAGAAGAGAGUUCUCGAUUUCUUGCAUUGGUUGAGGAACCAUCUGGUUGAUGGUAACUGAAGUGAAAGGCCUUAAAGUAUUAAUGGAGAGGAGGAGUGACUCAAAAUUGCAAAGACAGGCUCAAAACUUCUGAGGACUCAGGGAAAAAAUGGCUUGGGAAAUCAUAGUUCCUGGCUUUAAGAAAACCAGUGUUGAGGGCAGUACUCCUGGGGAGUCUGCUGUGUGCCUGUUGAAGUGGAAAAAGUUCUUGCCGUGUGACUAAUAGAGCUUUUGGGGUUCUUUCCCUUUUGUUUCCCCCUUUAUUACUUUGUGCAGAUAGCACCAAAGGACAGAUAUUCCACUGAGUUAUAAACGGAACGAUUGGGAUGAUUUUUUUGCAUUAGGCUUAAAUCAGACCCUGUGGUUUGGAGAAUGGUUCAUGGAAUAUUCAACUUCCUGCAGUUUUGAUCGUGUGAAAAUGAUGGCUGAGAACUAUUACUUGAAUAGUAAUACUUUUAAAUUCUAUUAGGUGUGUCUUUGAUUUGACCUUUUCUUUCAUAUUGGAGUUGUCUGCUGUUAGAAUACCACAGCAAAACGAGAACAAAAGAAACGUGGAAACACUACAUUUCAUAUUUCUGUUGCUAAGUUGCCUUCAGGAAUUGUUCUUUUGAGGAAAGUCAACUGAAUUAUCCCCAAUUCCGUUGGUUUUUCUCCGGGUUAAGUAUUUUCAUGUGUCCCAUUAACUGUUACUGCAAGUUGAAUAAUCAUCAGUACUGUAAGCCUAGUUUAAACCUUGGUCCAAAAAGAAGCCCUGCACUACUUGUUCUGCAUCUAUACAUAGAAGGUGACUUCAUUUCAAGGCUUUGUGCCCAUGGGUGGUAUUGGUGCUUUUUGAAGUCCGAGUAGAAUAUUCAGAAAGGCCUCGUUGCUCUUUAUAUUCAUCUGUAUAAUGUAGGGAGGGGGAAAAGAAAAAAAAAGAGAAAAGAAACAAAAUCUGUUGUAUACAUUUGUAUUGAAAUAACAUUUUCUUUCCUCCUGCAAAGCAAAAGCUGGUGGACUGCAGAAGACAACCGCAUGGGAUACCAAGCUCUAAUGGACCUUUGGGAAGAGAAGCUGUGGCUUAUGUGGAAUUUACAUGGGCCUCUCGAUGGAAGAAAGCUUAUCUGUUUAGUAUUUGUGCAUUUUACUAAAAUGGCAGCUUUAAAAAAAAAAAAAAAGUUGUGUAUCUGCUAUUGUGAUGCCAAUGCCCGUGUUUUAAGUGGAAAAAAAAAAAAAUGACCUCUUUGCUUUGUGCUGUGUACACAAGAUUGCUGGAAAAGUAAAGGAAUACCCUUUUUAUGGCUCACACAGCUUAAAAGUAGCUGUCACUCAAAACAUGCGCUCACAGUUGAGCUGAUUUUGUUUCAUUCUAAAUAAAUUGUUUCUUUUGAGGAAAAGUUGGUUUUUCUGCCUGGAAGUGAAUUGACGACAAACGUUGUGACCCCCUUUGUUUGCAGCGGAGGGGUUCCAUGCUGCUGCUGCCGCUCACUGCUUGAUCUCAUAGUUGUGGGUCUUGAGCAAGAAGCAGGGAGAAGCGACACUUUGGCCUUGACCAGCCUCUUGUACCAGAUCGGAAGGAAUCUAGUUGAUUGUCUUGCCGUGGCCCCCCCUUUGGUGGCAGUGAAAAAGGGGGUCACUUGCUGCUUUACUCCUCACCUUGACGGGGAAGCGGUGCUGAUGCUGGCAUGCAAGAAGCAGGGAAGCACCACCCUGCGUCUCAGAACGGUGGCCAAGUCCGGGGCUUCGCUGGUUCGAAGAGCUGGAGUUGCUGAAUUUUAAGUUUGUGAUUUCUUUUGUUCACCCACCAUGUUUGGCUUUAGUUUUGAUUCUGUCUUUUUUUUGGUUGGUUGUUUUUUGGUUUUUUUUUUUUUUUUUUUUGUUUUUUUUUUUGGUUUUUAAGUUUGAAGAGGAGGAAAAAAAAAAAAAGUCUUGCACGUUUUAAAAAAAAAACCUUUUGCACCAAAAUUGCCAAAAGGAAAAAGAGAAAUGAGUCCUUAAAAAGUGUUUAAAUGAUGUUAAAUAAAAGCCUUUCCUGACAUGCGCGAGGCGCUCCUCCGUCUCCUCUGGGGCUCUUCAGCGGUUAUGCAGUGAUGGGUUUAGUGCUGAAUGGAUGAAGAGUUCCUGAGAGCUAGAGUUGGUAAUUUAAAAACCUUUUGCGUUGGUGUCUCAGUGCCUUAUUUUGACCGGUUUUGAAGCAAACGGUUCCACACGCCUCGGAUGUGCAUGCACCCUGAUCGCGCCCCAGGUACGGCUGCGGCUUUGCUCGCAGUCACCUCCCUGUGUAGUACAGAUGGUGAGAGGAGAAAAGAGGCGGCCUGACAAUGUUGUGUGCUGUAGUUGCUGCGUUCUCCUGUUAUUGGGGGCUCCUGAAGGCUGUUCCAGUGCAGGAGUACAACUCCAUGUUGGCUACAGGAGACUUCGGGGCACAUUUGACAACCGCAGCCGUCAAGAGGAAGCUAACACUGCUGCAUCGUUGGCUUCAGAAACCUCUCGUGGUUAUGCUGUCUGUUAGAAUUAAUGUGACAUGCAGAUGAAGACACCUUGAAAUGCAAGCUUGCCCUUGAUUGCCUUGACAUACUUUAACCUCCUGUGGAUAACGAACCUAGUGCUGUCCUGCAGCCAUGCGGGACCAUUGCUAGGCUGUGCCUUUCACCAAGAGGAUGCCAUGGUUGUGCUCUCCAAGGUUCCCGGGGCAGAGAGCUGUGUAAAUCCCUAAAACAGGUCCUCUGUGCUGUGGCAAAUAACACGGUGCCUUGGAGAGUGAGUGGCCACAGUGCAGCAUCCUUCUCACAGAAAGAGGGAUUUGUGGAAUGACUGUUCUCCAUAUCCUCAUGGAAGUUUAAUUCCUAUCUCUGUCCUUGCUAAUCAUUCGUAUGUGAAUAGAAUAAGCUAAAAUCUCCUGCUGGUUUCGGCACUUUUGAGGUCCUCAUCCCAAGAGAGCUAACUUCUGAUCCUUGUAGUGCACAUGGGUUUUAAUUUGCUUGAAUUUCACCCCUGCCUUUUUAUUCCUGUGUAAAUAAGUGGGCCAAAAGUAGCUGCUGCAGCAGAUGGAUAAUCCCACUGGACUAAUGAGAUGACUUGCAUGUGUUGGUGUCUGCAACAUCUGGGCUGCAAACUCCACAUUCUUCUUGUAAGCAGACCCAGUUUAAUGCAACCUGUCUAACAUGAGAGAUCUCAGGCCAGGAGCUUGAUGUGAACUUGCUUAAAAGUAGCUUUGUGAGCACUUAAAAGGAAUAACUAAAUUCCAUAAAGGCUCAGGAAUCUGUGAGGUGGCAGGUCACCUUUUAAAGUGACCUCGAAGUGUUUUGUAUAGUUAUGGCAUAGCAUCUUGUGUCUAGACAAUGAUUUUAAAGGUGGGUAAUUCCUCUGUUUGAAUCUAAAAUAGCAAAGUGAUGCGAGUUGCUGUUAUACAUAAUAAAAACCUUAAUAUACUCCCAAAUCUGGCCUGGGAUGGUUGGGUGUCCGAUGUGGGUUAGCAGCUGAGCCAGAUCUACUGCUGGCAUAAAAUGCAGUUCCUCUGGGGACAUCCCUGGACUUGCAUGAUUUACACAAACAGCAGAUCUGGCCCAAAUUUGGGAUUCUUAAAACCAGCUCUGGUUAGGAAGGGAAACAACAUAGUCCCUGGAGAUCCUGUUCUUAGCUUUGCUGCUGUAUCUGUGAGUGCCACAGCGCUCAGCAGGGAAGGAAACAGUGCCAGUGAAAUCUGGGCAUCGGUGAUAGAGCAGAGGUGCUGUUGUUUUCCUUGCUGUAGAUUUCCGUGGCUGCAGGAAGGUUUUAUGGGACAGAGGGAAGGCUGUGGGCUGUGUUGCUCUACCCUGGGUUCUGUUCCUGUUGGCUCGUGCCUUUCUCAGGGGAGUUCCAGCUCUGUUUCUUUUCUCAGGGAUAUCGUGUGAGCCGCGGCGGAGGCGAAGCCGGAGCUCGCUGUUGGGAAAGAGGAUCCCAUGGUGCUGGCUGUGGUGACGUGGGUGCUGUUCCCGUGACCCUGAUGUUUUUGCAAUGCAGGGCAGAAGUACCCAGAAGUGCUGGUGGGUGAGGAGCUGUGAUGGAACCUUCAAACUCUUCACCCUGGGCUUUCGGUCAGGCUGCCUCUGGAUUUAAGGGCUUGUAGUUAAACAGAUUUGCAGGUAAGUCACCUUUUGGAUGCAUUGUGAUCAGGCUUUGUUCUAGUGUGCAAAAUAAGCAUUUUUAACCUUGAUGGUUCUCAUUAUGCUUUGGGUUUCACUGUGUAAAAAUACUUGAGUUUUAGAACAUUGUAAUGCUAAAGGGAAGGUUUUAGGGAGGUCAGCAGCCAUCAGAGGCACUAAACCCCAGGGUCCCACAGAGCAUUUAUAUCCUGUUUGUAUCCUUCAAGGAGCAGAUGCUUUUGGACAGUUUUAGUUAGCAGCUUCUGGUCUUAUUCAGUUUUCACACUUAAUACUGUAAUGGAGGAGAAAAUUGCACAUUUCUCUUGGAUCACAACCCUAGAUCCUGAGCUCUGAAUUGGUUCUCUCUUGGUUUGCCUGCAGGGAGAUGGAUCAGCGAGAGUUUUCCUUCUUGGCUGUAUUUGGCCUUUAUUUAUCCCACCAGUAUCAAGAAGACUGAUUUCUGUGGAAGGCUUUUUGCAGGAAACCUGCUUGCUUUACAAAAUGCAGACAGGGUGUUCACAGGGUGAGUGGUUGGCACUUUCAGAAGGCAAAAGACUUCCAAUUAGUGCAAAUAUAUUGAAAGCGGAUGAAAGUAUAACCACUAUGUUAGCAUGUGUGAUGCAUGGGUAAGAGAGAGCCCAGUUAUUUAGCUCUUUUUAUACUGUAUGUUACUGUGUCAGGGAAUUUACUGUGAUGGUUGCACAGGGAUUGCUUUUGGGUGGACAUACAUCUUGUAUCAGUGGAAGAGAUAUCCAAUAGAGGCUAUGGAUCACUGUGACAGCGUAAAGCAUGCUGUCAGUGAAACACUUUAGUUGCUCGAAAUUGCAUCCACAUUGAGUUUUACCAACCUAGAAAUAUUGAUUAGGGAAAUCAAUUUGGUGGUUUUUUCACAUGCUUAUGAUAGAGCAGCAUUGUUAAACCUCUGCAUGGAGCUGGGAUUUACAGGCUCCUUGGCAGCUUUGAGCAAAGUGUCUCUGCAGGCCUGGGGCAGCUGAGAGCAGGGGGCAGGAAGCAAUAAAUGAGGACCAAGUUGCCAGGUUCUAUUCAGGAUACAUUUGCUAGGUGAGUGACAGGACAUAAUUCACCCUGCUAUUUGACCUUGCAGCUUGUCCUAGUUUGUUUGCAUCAUGAGGACCUCGGAAGAGCUCAGAUGCUGUUUCCAGCGAUGAGGUAUGGCUAAAGGGUCAUCAGGGAAAGGAAAAGCUUUGGUCCUGGCCAAGAUGUUUGGAGGAGAACAAGCCCCUUGCCUGUAAGCAGAACCUGGAGCCUCACUUCUAAGCAUUUGAAAUCUGCCAGAUACUCAGAACUGCUUUGGUUUUCUGGCAGAGAGAGAAAGGAAAAGCUUUUCAUCCUCCUUAUCUUUGGGCCCAGGAGCUCCUGUGGCUGAGCUGUGUAAUCUUCAAAAUGAGAUUACAGAGACCUCUCCUUAGGUUUCAGUGCCUCUGCUUGAUGGGACUGCUGCUGAGCCUCUCCUUGCUCUGCCUUCCUCUCCUCCAGUCCCUCUGUUCCAAGUUCAGGGUUAUAAUGCUCCGUUGGGGACAGAAGAACCAUCCUUGGAUGCUCACGGGUAGGAGAGUGAACCACCAGCGUGUUGUACCACGGGAUGUCUGUGCACAGGGAGGACCAGAGCCAUGAACCCACCGCAGAAAACAGCAAAGGCCACCACAUAGGUCAUGAGCAACGGGAAGGUGGUGGCCAGAGGACAGAGCAGGUUAGUGAUGCCGCUGAGGACAAGGUAAGCCGCGUGGUAGUGAUACUUCUUGGUCCAGUUCUUGUCGGCCACCCAGCCUGAGAGGAGCUGGCUGACCAUCUCCGUGAUGCCUGCGGGGAAGAGGAGUCCACCAGAGCCUCAAAGAAGACUAUAUUUAGUCUUUAGUUUGCUAUUUUGCACCAAAACCCAUCCCAAUCCCACCCGCUUGCUGCGGGAACGUGACCUCAAAGGGCUGGAAUGCUGGGAAGUUACAGGAAGGUGAUUUUAGACUGAUGUAAAAUUAAUGUUUGAGGGGUUGGGUUUUCCCCUUUGCCUUGGUGCCUGCUAUUGCCAAGUGCCUGUGGGUGCACCAAAGUGGUCUGUAAAAAUUCAAUUAAGGGCUGUGUACUCAGUGGAUGACUCUGCAGUGCCCUUUAGUAAAACCAGGAAAGAGAAGCUUGCUCUUUGAGCUCUCUUUCGAGAUGGAGAUAAAGCAGAAUAUGAAGAAGAAAGAUGCUUAUGAGAUGGUAAUAUCUAUAAGGAAGCAAAGAAGGACAGAAGCCCAGCCUUUUUGAAAGGCUCAGCAGACUUUUGAUACUUGGUUUUUACAUCUCUUGCUCCAUUUGCUUAUGAAUUAAAGAUCAGAGGAGUGCUCACUGCCAGCUAAUAGCUUGCUGACCACGGUGUCCCUCCCGCUCUUAAUCCAAAUGUCACAUUAACUGCUGCCUUCUCCUUCUAGAUGCCUUGACAGCAUAUGUCAUUUCUAAAUAUGAUACAGAAGUUUAUUUUUGUACAAUAAAAACCUUUACAAUGACUGA